AUGGGUUUCAGCAAGUGGCGAGGCAAGGUGUCGGAGCAACCCAUCGUGGUUGAUGCCGUUACUACCGGCUCCGACAUGGAGGUCAACCCUGAAGCGGAGUUGAAGAAGUUCAAGAAGAUUCACAAGUGGGAUCCCUUUUUGGAUAUCGACAAGCUUGACGCCGCCGAGGGUGCCCUUGCGACCGGUGACUAUGAGAAGGAGAAGGCCGUUGAGGCCGCUCUCCAUGAGGACUCGCCUUACGCCGAGGUCCGGGCCUCUGUCCAACCCUUCGAUGACCCUGAUCUGCCCAUCAACACAAUCAGAGCGUGGAGCAUUGGUGCUUUCAUGUGCACCAUCAUCGCCGCCUGCAACAUCCUUCUCGGUCUCCGUCGUUCCCCCAUCAUCAUUACCUCGACCGUUGUCCAGUUGAUUUCCUACCCGAUUGGUGUCUACUGGGGCAAGAUCAUGCCCCAUGCCUCUUUUAAUGUCUUUGGCCAUGAGCUCCAGCUCAACCCCGGUCCCUUCAACGUCAAGGAGCACACCGUCAUCACCAUGAUGACAGCAGCUGGUGCCACUGCCAGUUACGCCAUUGACAUUCUCCUCGCCCAGGAGCUGUUCUACAAGCAGUACUUUGGUUGGGGUUUCCAGAUCCUGCUUACCAUCUCGACCCAGGCCAUGGGUCUUGGUAUUGCCGGUAUCCUUCGUCGCUACCUCGUCUGGCCCGCUGCCAUGAUCUGGCCCGCGACUCUGAUCACGACUACUGUCAUGCACUCUCUUCACGACCAUUCCUCGUCAGAUCCAGCCCUUACCAACGGCUGGAGGAUUGGCCGCUACAAGUUUUUCCUUCUUGUGGCUGCCUGUACCUUCUGCUACGAGUGGAUUCCUGAAGUCAUUGCUCAGUUCCUCCAGAUCUUCACCUUUGCCUGCUGGAUCGCCCCCAACAACGUCCUUGUCAACCAGGUCCUUGGUGGCCAGACCGGUCUCGGCCUCCUCCCCAUCUCCUUUGACUGGAGUGUCAUUUCCGGUUACUUGCUCUCCCCUCUGCAGACCCCGGCAUUCGCCAUCGCCAACGUCGGCGUCGGCAUCAUCAUCAUGGUCAUUGGUUGCGCCGGUCUCGCCUGGGCGGGCCCCGAAUUCUACCGCUACCUCCCCAUCAGUGCCAACUCCAACUUUGACCACUUUGCUAAGCCCUACAACACCAGCCGCAUCCUCACCCCCGACUUCACCUUCAACGAGACCGCCUACAAGGAGUACUCUCCUCUCAUUCUGGGCCCGGCUUUCUCUCUGAGUUACGGCAUGGGCUUCGCCGGCCUCGUCGCCACCCUCACCCACGUCGCCCUGUUCUACGGCAGCGACAUCAUCGCCCGCACCCGCUCUGCCAAGAACGAGGAGGCCGAUAUCCACCUGAAGCUUAUGCGCAAGUACAAGGAGGCUCCCGAGUGGUGGUUCCUGAUCAUGUUCGUCAUCAGCUUCGCUUUCGGCAUGAUUGCUUGCCAGGUCUGGGAAACCCACCUGACCUGGUGGGCGUACAUCAUCUGCAUCCUCAUCGGCGCCUUCUUCAUCCUGCCUGUCGGCAUCAUCCAGGCCGUCACCAACCAGCAGACUGGUCUGAACGUCAUCACCGAGAUGAUUGUCGGUUACAUGACCCCCGGCCGCCCCGUUGCCAUGAUGCUGUUCAAGUCUUGGGGUUACAUGCUCUGCUACAACGGGCUGCAGUACGUUUCCGACAUGAAGGUCGGCCACUACAUGAAGGUCCCUCCCCGUACCAUGUUCGCCGCCCAGACCUUUGCCGUCGUCUGGCUGUCCCUCGUCCAGAUUGCCUCCUACAACUUCCUCCGUGGCAACAUCGACGGCAUCUGCACCCCCACCCAGGCCCAGGGUCUUACGUGCCCCCAGGCUCGUACUUUCUACAACGCCAGUGUCAUUUGGGGUGUCAUCGGCCCCCUUCGCAUGUUCGGUUCUGGUCAGCUCUACUCUUGGGUCAACUAUUUCUGGCUUAUUGGAGCCGCCUGCCCUAUCAUCCAGUUCUUCUUGGCUCGCCGUUACCCCCGUAGCUUCCUCCGCUACGUCUUUUUCCCCGCCAUUUUCGGUGCCGCUGGUAUGAUCCCUCCCGCCACCACCUGGUGGUUGGGCCAGUGGGUUAUUGUCGGUCUCAUCUUCAACUGGUGGAUCCGUGGACGCUUCUUCGGAUGGUGGAGUAAGUUAUUACCUGAUCUUCAAAAGGCUUUUACGCACAGUAACACUAACCCUUUUAUGCAGCUCGCUACAACUACGUCCUCUCCGGUGCUCUCGAUAUCGGUACUGCUCUCUGCAUCGUCGUUUCCGGCCUUGCUCUGGGACUGUCCAACACCGAGUUCCCUGAGUGGUGGGGUAACACCGUGCCCUUCAACAACCUCGACUACGAAGGUGCUGUUACAAAGGUUCUGCCUGACGACGGAUCUUUCAUCGGGCCCUCCACAUGGUAAAGCGCAUAAGCGCCGCCAUGGCCGGUGCCUGUGGAGUUAA